AUGUACGCCCCAGCUAUCGUCCAAGUCCUUGCUAGCGGACUCCUCGCCACUACCACUGUAGCUGGAUUCUCUGCACCUGGCCCUCAAGCCCUCGGUCUACGUCAUACUGGCGCGUUGGCAAUAGCCGCUGGUCUUGCUGCCGUCCCGGCUUUGGCAGCCCCUGUGCCAGAAGAAAGAGAUGUAGAGGAAUCCGAAGUGUCUAAGAGAGAUGAGGAGGAUGGGCUCCUUGCUGGACUUGAGGCGCGUGAUCCAUGCACUAUUGGUCGAUGCCCCUCCUUCGGAGUCCCCUUUUCAGCUUUCCCAAAGGAUUUGAGCAAGUUCGGCGGGAACAGGAACGGCCUGAAGGGCCUGAAGGGCAAGAAGGGCAAGGGCAACUGGAAGAACAAACUUAUCCAAGGCGGUAAGGUUCGCAUUGCCUCGAGACAGUUUGGUGGGUACAAGAACGACUUCAAGGGCAAGGGCUACACCGUGGGCAAGCCCGGGCCCAAGACCAACUUGAACGACUUCAACUUGAAGGGCAAUGGCAGUUGGCAGAACAAAAACAUCCAGGGCAGCAAGAACAGCUUUGCCUCGAAGGGUCCAUUCCGUCCAACAAAUUACCGAAGGCAGUAUGGUGGGUACAAGAACGACUUCAAGGGCAAGGGCUACGCCGUGGGCAGCCCCGGGGCCAAGACCAAUCUGAACGACUUUAACCUAAAAGGCAAUGGCAGCUGGAAUAACAAAAAUAUCCAGAGCGGCAAGAACAGCUUUGCCUCGAAGGGUCCAUUCCGUCCAACAAAUUACCCAAGGCAGUUCGGUGGGUAUAAGAACGACUUCAAGGGCAAGGGCUAUACCAUGGGCAACCCAGGGGCCAAGACCAACCUAAACGACUUCAACCUGAAGGGCAAUGGCAGCUGGAAGAACAAAAAUAUCCAGGGCAGCAAGAAUCGCUUUGCCUCGAAGGCCCAUUCCAUCCAACAAGCUAAAGACUGGAUCUAG